AUUUGUUUUCACUUCUUUUGUUUGUUGUAUUUUUUCCUUGCAUUCUAUUAUUAUUUGUCUCGUCAAGACGAUGUGAAUCCGAAAGCCAAGUUGGGAAUUUUUUUGCUUUUUGUUCUUUCGUUCGUUGUGGGUUCCGUUUGUUUUUCCUUGCAGUUCUUCUUGAAGGAACUCUCUGUCGAUUUAUGCGCAGUCGCCAUGCAAUCACCGUAAGGAUGAUCCAUCAAGCUGCCAACCACCGUCUACAACAGAUCCAACCUCUGGUUCAUUGCUUUUUCAUUUGAGCUUCUUACUGUUGUUGGGAAAUCUUUUGCAAUUGCCCAUUGUUGGGAAUCUUGUGCACAUGCACUUACCACAUUAAUGGGGAACCUAGAGGAAGAAAAGGUUGAGCAGACCCUUCUACAACUAAGAAGUUUGAAGAAAACUGUAAACAAUCUAUGGAGGUUCUAUUAUUUUACUGUGGAGCAAUUCGGGCAGAUGCAUUGACAGUGGAUCGUCUUGCCUCCUUGGAAAAGUAUUCUAUCUCAGCUGUUAUGCCUCAGGCUUCUAUUUUAGAAACGGAAGCAGCAUGGCUAAACUCCAUCAAAGCUGACUUAGAGAGAAACUAUCUUCAUCAAGAAAAUAGCAAAACUACUCCAACAAUGACGUGCUUUAGGUGCAUUGAGUUGCGAUUGAUGUUGACAAAUUUCCAUGAAAAUCAUUUGGAAAAUCAGAUAAAAUACAAGUAUGAUUGUUUUGGGUCUUGCAUAUUCAAUUCUUUUUCUAUGAGCAAGAGAAACAUUAAAUUAGAGGGUAGUGCAAACGGUGGAGGUGGGGGACCCUAAAAAAUACCCCAAAUAGGUUAAUCGAGAAUUAAAAAGAAAAAAAAAGAGAGAUGGCUACACUAAGCUGUUCCCAUAUUUCUUGGCACAAAGCCAUAAAAAUGUCACUACUUGGGUAUUUUUUGUGCAACCUUGAGUUGGAGUGCCAUGAAAUGCGCUUUGUAAGAUCCCAUAUGAGAUGGAUGUCAUCGAACACUAAAUCCACAUUGCAUACUCAUAAUUAAAUAUUCUUGUGGAGCUUCUUGCAUGUUGGCGUGGUUGUGAAGUGAGGAAAGAUGUUGCUGCCGGGUGGAGAAUGAUUUAUUUGUGUUUAACGUGGUGUCUAUGGCUGGAAAGAAAUGUGAGAUGUUUCGAAGACAAUAAGCGCUCUUUUGAAGAUCUUUAAAACUAUUUCUUUUCUACUUUGAAUUUGUAGGCUAAGAUCUUUGUAAGGAAUGAUGAGAAUGUACUGAAUCUGUUUCUGUUUUAGUUUUCCUAUUUUCUGUAGUAUGAAUUUCCUUUAUACAUG